AUGCGCGUGCUCUCUCUCGCUCCACUCGGCCUCUUGUCCCUAUUCCACCUUGCGACCUCGCAAGACCUUUCGAGUCUCCCCCAGUGCGCUCAAACAUGUGCCUUGAGCGCUAUUAGCAGCACCGGUUGUGCCGUCACCGACGCCCAUUGUAUCUGCUCCGCGAGUACUUUUCUGUCUUCUGUGGCGUCAUGCAUUAGCACGGCUUGCAGUCCGGCGGAUCAGCAAGCAACCCUUACAUUCGCCCAGCAAUACUGCCUGAGUGGUGGCGUGACCAUCACUCUUCCAUCUAGCAGUGCUGCCGGUCCCACCUUCACCCCGGCACCGACCACUACGGCUCCCGCGACGAUCUCGGCGACCACAACCAGCAGCUAUGUCGCUGCCAGUGGUGCACCGGCAACAUAUACCGGCGCCGCACAGAUUUUGAGGCAGGAGUGGGCAGGAAUCAUGGGGGUCGUGGGGCUGGGUGUUGCUGCAGUCUUGUAG